GUUGAUGAAGCCCAGGAGGGUGACCACAUGGGACGAUAUUUACGCCAGAGUGGAUUCACAGCAGCAGCCGCAGCCAACUCCAUAGGCGCUUAUCACCGGGGGCACGACAAACGAUUGCACAAACGAACCCCACUGAUCACAGGGCAGCAACAUAGUGACGAUUACAGCAAUCAAAAAGACUGCGCAAGCACGCAGUCAGAGAGCCUCAAAAUGUGUAUUCUAUACCCGGGCCGAGAAGCCUCACCCACUUAUGGAGACCUAUACCCAGACCAAUGUAUGGGUGUCCACUUGGGAUACCCAUCUCAGACCAGACAAUGGGGAACUGGCGGUGCCUCUCAGUCAUUCAUCCCUGCCUGAGGCAUCUCACAUCCUGCAGGCAGAAGUCCUCUGGAACAUAGAGCAUCAGCGCGCCAAUGCUCUGGCUCAGGCACUGGAGGUUUGGGCACAACAAUCUUGCUGCAGUGCCGUAUAACCGCUGUCAUGCGGAAUGACAAACAUGUCUAGACUGAUCUGUCAGAACUUUUUUUUUGAACCUUUUCUCAAGUAAACCUGAUCACUGUUUAAUGUCCACGGUAUUCAGCCUUAGCUUCAUCAAAGAUAUACUGUCCUAGGCUGUCUGCUGUUGUGACGGGAAUUGAGAUUGCAUGUGCUUUGAGCGGCUACCGAUCAGGCUUGUUCGACUGGGCAGUAAAAGAGACUAACUGAAGCCUGCCAAUGGCAAUUUUUGUAUGAAGUGCUGCAUAUGAGCAUUACAGAUCCUGGUUUAGGGUUUAGGUGGGUAUCUUGUCGUAGUGAAAGUGGCACGUGCCAAGAGCAGUGUUGUUCUGCAAGGCCUUUAUCAUGCCAGGAGACUAUACAUCUCUUUGAAAUACAGUGGCUGUACAAUGUCAUCACUUGAUAGGAAGGUCCAAAAUGCUGUUGACUGGACAUCACUUGUGAAGCGACGUGUCGACU